GUAGGAACGCGGGGGUUGUGCUUUUAAAGGCGCUAGCCGGUACGCUCUGGAACUUGAUUGCUUCCCUCUUCUGAGCUUGCUCCCGCGCUUUCAGCAUCCAGGUCACCUCGCCAGUAUGUCUCAGGCUGAUUUCGACAAAGCCGCUGAGGAGGUGAAGCGUCUCAAGACUCAGCCAACUGAUGAAGAGAUGCUGUUCAUCUACAGCCACUUCAAACAAGCUACUGUGGGCGAUGUAAACACAGAUCGGCCGGGGCUGUUGGACCUCAAGGGCAAAGCCAAGUGGGACUCGUGGAACAAGCUGAAAGGAACUUCCAAGGAAAAUGCCAUGAAGACCUAUGUGGAAAAGGUAGAAGAGCUAAAGAAGAAAUAUGGAAUAUAAACGACCAGAUUUGGUGGCCAGUCACAUGUGUGACAUAAUGCCUAUGAGGACAUAAUGCCUUGGUUUUUUUUUUCCUAAUGUAGAUGACAUGGCUCUGAUAUGUUAGGGCCAGAGUUAAUUACUGCUCUUCCUCCCUUUGGAGUUUUUACCUGAACUCAAUUAAAAGUACGUUUGUUACUCUA